GGAAAUGGUAUGUGAGUGUGAAAUUUGACCCUUAUUACAGUGCAGCAGGGGACCAGUGGGCACACUGCACCGUAGCAGUAAAACAUUCCGGGCCCGGCUCGUCGCCACCAACUCGGAAUGGCAGUCUGGUAAUGUGGGACGUUGGCUGUGGAGGCCCACGUAGCCGCUGUCGUCCCGCUGUGCCUUCGUAAGAUCUGACGGGACGAGAACCACCACCAUGGCCACGGCGAUACCCCUCUGCACAUCUGUCAGGCUCCCCGCUGUGGCUGCUGUCGUCUUGCUCCUGGUGUCGGCAACCACUGUACAGUCCUCCCAAGGCGAUAAGGAGCCGGUUUACCGGGACUGUGUGAAGCAAUGUGUCCGAACAAACUGCACCGGGGCUCGGUUACGUGGCUUUCAGUCCACCCAGCCGCGGUAUAUGGCGUUGACAGGUGGGUUGAUAUCCGUGUUAAUGUCAGGUGUUUCGGUUACAAGAGUGCCCGUGCGAACUGGUGACUUCCUGUAGAAGUUAGUGAUGGUGGUCGUGGUGAAGACAGCUGUCUCCAUCAGGCACCAUGUAACUACGACAACUACAGACGCAGUGGUUGAAAGUCACCAGUUGAAAGGGUCGCUUUUUAAGCCGAAACACUAGUCACUUGGGCUAACAUAGCCAGUUAGCUGUUUGUCGUUACAUCCGUCAGUAUAUUUGUUCUUAGCUCCGAAACUUACUUAACAAGUUGUAUUGUUUGCUUAAGAUGUUUUAACUACAUCUUUAAACAUCCACUUUGUGUCAACUACUUAGUUCUGCUGUUCUCUGCGCACGGAUGUUAUGGCUUCAGUGUGCUUGUUUCCUCGUACUGUAGGUGUGAAACUGUUGACCGAAACAGCCAUGAGAGUUGAAUGCCGGUUUUUCUGGCUGAGCAGUGUCACAAAAGGCCGAUUGUUACUCUACCUACCGUCCCACAUUAACAGUUGUUUACCAGUGUAUGUAUGUGUUAAUGUGUAUGGUGAUAUGAGAGAUGUAAAAACAAAGAAUAACACAAAUGAGAUGAAGUCAUGAAUUCAGCGUUAAAGUUUUAAGUCAUUUGUUCAUAUAUGUAAGUGUCUUGACUGUAGUAGUACAGAUGUGUACUUGUCGAUAAUAAUAUCUCAUCCAUUUCCUUCCUAAACCCUUCAGUCUGUCAAUCUACUUGACAAAAAACUGACUGAGACUUUAAUUUUAUUAAAAGAAAACUCAUCACAGUUUCUGAGAGGAGAAUUAGAACAUCUUUGAAUGCCUUGGUUAAUUUGUACACAGCAGUUUUGUAAAGUGAUAAGUUUAAAAGAAUAACUGAAACUGUUUGAAGCCAAUCAUUUGACCUGUUAACCUGUCCGAGUCAGUCAUCAGGUUCUCUUUAUUUGUCCCUGUGUACUAGGUUGGACAUGCCGGGAUGACUGUCGCUAUGAAUGCAUGUGGACCACAGUGGGCCUUUACCAGGCUGAGGGGUACAGAGUCCCACAGUUCCAUGGCAAGGUGGGCUUUUACAGCAGCCAGCAUCUGAUCACUACUAGGGCUGGGCGAUAUGGAUCAAAAGUCGUAUCCCGAUAUAUUUAGGCUGAAUAUUGAUAUACGAUAUAUAUCCUGAUAUUGUUUUCACAAAGUGAGAGCAAAUGUUUAGUCACAGUCAAAGCCAAAUAUGACAUGUAACAAGUAGUUCUAUUUCAACUUGCCGAUGAAAUUAUGCUAAAGAACAAUAAAAUGUAAAUAUAAAUACUGUAUAACCACAGGAGUACCUUUUUUUUAAUUGGAGUUCCAUGAGGUGCACAUUUACAUGAAAAAUAUAUCUUAAAUAAAAAUAGCCCAUAAAGUAAAAUAGGCCAAUCUUUUUCUGAAAUAAAUGUAUUUAUAUAAGAAAAGCAUCAAUAUUUUGACAACUAUAAAUGGCCUAUUAAGAUCAAAUAGCAGAUUUUCUUCUCCUCUCUAACAAAUCCACAGAUGCAGACAGCGAAAACUACAAAAGAAUUAAAUAUGACAAACCCUAGUAAAGGCAGCAUAUACAUGUAUAAAGAUAGAACAAAAUAAAGUGCUCAGUUUAAGAAAAUUGUUUUUAAACAUCAUUUUGAGAUUACUUAUCUGUCUUUCUUAUCUUCUUAACAGUCUCAACCAGCUGCACAAGACUAUCAACUCAGUAAACAUUUCCCCCUCUUUCUUUUUGACUUUGAUAAACAGGUAGUGCUGUCUUGAGGUAGACAUUAGAGGACAGACAAGUGUGUCCUAACUGCAGUGCAAAAGCUUACUACUGGGGAGGACUCUGUGCUGGGUCCUCCAGAAGUUCUCCUGUAUAGUCAAAUAGAGGGUCUGCAGAGUCUAACAAAGAUGUCAAAUUUCUCACAGUGGCCAUUUGCACGCUUCCUGUGCUUUGAGGAGCCAGCUUCUGCUCUGGCCUCUCUGCUUAAUGGCCUGGCCUGCCUUCUCAUGCUGCUGCGCUACCGGAGUAUGGUGCCACGCCAGAGCCCCAUGUACCACACCAUCAACGCCUUCUCACUGGUGAGUGAAACCCUGGAUUAAUCUGAGAUAAAGUAGGUCAGAAAAACCUCACUCAACAACCCUAGUAUGACAGACACUGAUGUUAUUGUUUAUUAAUCUAGAAAACUAACAUGGUUGCGUUUCCUUAGGUUUCUCUUAAUGCCUGGUUCUGGUCCACAGUGUUUCACACCAGGGACACAUAUCUCACUGAGGUAAUUGACAAUGACUACUUCUGUGUUUCUUUAAUAGAAUCUUUCAAUUAAAUAAACCAUCAAAAAAAGUAGAAAGUGGGGAUGCAACCUCUGAAGAAAUUUCAGUGUGAAUACUUUAUACUGGAAACUGUAUAAAAAGUCAUUUUCCACAGCUCAGGCCAAAGUCAAAUCCACUUUUAUCUAAGAAAAUACCCAUUCUGUCAGCCUCUAAUCUGGCUUUACCUAAUCACUGCUUAUAUGAGGAAUACUAAGAGUUAAGACUAAGAUUUAAUUUUCCUGCCAAAGAGCCAAAAUGAUGAGCUCAUCGUGGCUUAAAGCAAAUGUUUUCAUACAGCUGGUAUGGUGUUGUGUCACUGUACAUCAAGCGCCAAAAUAUCAUUUCUGCUGCCAGAAAACCUGCUGAGAAUGAGAGCAGUCUUUUCUCUUUUAACAGCUAAUGAGCUUAGCCACUCAGUAGCAUCCUAAUGCCAUUACAGUCUAGCUCUUCAGCUGUGUGCAGUAUUAGGUCUGGGACAAAAAAAACAGGCUGAAGACUUCUAUUGUCAUCUAACUGGUCUCUUUUUGUUUGUUUCUUUGCUGUCUUGUUCUGUCAGAAAAUGGACUAUUUCUGUGCAACAGCAGUCAUUCUUUACUCCAUUUACCUUUGCUGUGUCCGGUAAGCUAAAAUCAUGUUUCUCAAAUCAUGGUUUCUUUUUUCCCAUCAUAUUAAACUUAAUUCACUCAUUGUGCUGGUUAACAUUUCUUCAUAAUCCAGUUUUCUCAAUGAAACUUAAACACUGCAGAGACCUGCGAGAAAUUGUCAUAUUUUUGUUUCAUAUUGUGGUUAAUGUAAACAUAAUAACAUAAACAUAAUAACACUCCAUGUUUUUCCCUCUGUCCUCCUCCCCCUUCUUGGUCAGAACUUUGGGACUGAGGCGACCUGGAGUUUCCAGUAUGGUGGGAGCCCUGCUCAUCUUGGCCUUUACCUCGCAUGUGUCCUAUUUAACUUUUGUCAGUUUUGACUACGGGUACAACAUGGCUGCUAACUGCACCAUAGGUAAAGUAAAUGCACAGAAGUCACAUCAAACCCCACAGAGCUUAUCUUUUGCAUACAUAUACUUGUUCAAUUACUCCCCUGAUUGUAAUGACUGCUUUGUUUUUGUGGUGUUUUGCUUAACGGUGGCCUUUAUCAAUCUUUAUAAAGGCAUGGUGAACCUCCUCUGGUGGUUGUGUUGGUGCUGGCAGAACCGGCGGACCCUCCCGUACUGGUGGAAAUGCGGUCUGGUGGUCCUGCUGCUUCAUGGUCUGGCCUUGCUGGAGCUUCUGGAUUUCCCACCGCUGCUCUGGAUCCUGGACGCUCAUGCUGUGUGGCACCUCAGCACCAUACCUGUUCACUUCCUCUUCUACAGGUCUGUAUCCUCACCUCAGAUCAAACCAUAUCGUGGAAAAAGGCGCUUGGUGACUGUAUCUGAAAGAGAAAAAUGAGCUGCUGUGUUUCAUGUUAAAUGACCCAGACUUCUCUCCUCCUCCAGUUUCCUGAUAGAUGACAGCCUCUACUUACUCAACACAGAGAAGAUGGGUGUCAAAGUGGAGUAGGAGGAGCUCUUCACAUCUUCACCACAGCUACUCUCCUGACCUCUCCGAUCAGGGCGGCGGCAUACCUGAACACAGACUUGGCUCAGCCUGCCAGAUGACGUGCAUGAAAACACAGACUUCCAUCAAAGUAGACUUUGUUUACAUUUUUGUUUUUACUUUAUUUAUUUGGGCGGGGUUGGUGUAUUUCAAUAUUUUAUUCUCUUAUGCCUGCUCUUCUUCACUUAGCCUUUUGGUGAUGGUUCUUCAGCCAUCUGUCAUAACUACAAAAACACAGUGAAGAAAUAAGUUUUGUGUUUGAAUUUUGCGUCCUUUCAAAAUUGAGUUACUCCUGAAAUUGGUCCCCUGAACAUACACGACCCACUCACGCAAACUUCUGGAAGUCCAGCACAAAUGGCAGUUUACUGCAGCUGACAAUAGAUGGCACCAGUUCCUUCAACAGGGUGUUACAACCUUCCCUCCGUGUGUGCUGGGAUGUGUCUGAGCUGAAAGUGGACCAUCGGGCACAGAGAGGUGGCCCUUGUGAACAGGGCUGGAUUGUUCUAGAAAAAGGGGGGGAGCGGGAGUCUAUGUGUGGAGGCUGUUCUAGCUGACUGUGACGCUUUUAUUUUUUUUUCUCCCAUCACACCUUUUCUUUUGUGCCUGUGUUGUUCCCACUGCUGCUUUUGUUUCUCCUCGUCAUUACUCUCAUCAGCUGCCUUAGCUGUUUUAAUUUGUUGUUUAUGACCAAUUUGUGCUUCAAUGUGCUCACGGUUUUCCUUUGAUUACUUGAUUUUGACUUUGGUUGGAUAAUGUCAGAUGAACAAAGGGUGGAAGUAUUUUUUUUUUUAAUCACCUGGAAUGCCUUUAAGUGUGAGGAAAAGGAGGAGAUGAUGAAGGUAGGAACGGCAAGCGGCAGUCAGGGAGGCUUUUUAAGGGCCUCUUAAUCCUGGGGUUGGUUGGUUGGUGUGUGUCUUGAGUGUUUCGAUGUUAUUUUGACGCACAUCUUCUUGAUUUUCUUGCAGUAAUGUUUCCCUUACACACACACAACCCAGUUGCUCCAAUAUUUAAAAGACUCAAUCUUUCCAUGUCUGCCUUACACACUCAAUCAUGACAUUUAUAUUACAUCCUUCUUUUUUUACAAUCAAAACUUAACAAAAACAAUCAGAUUCAUACAAUGUAUGUAUCCAUCCUUGAGUCCCCCUACAUAAAUGCACUUUAUGGCUGUGUGUGUGUACAUAUAUUUACAUGCAUUGUUUGUAUGAACUCUCCUUCCCACACCUUUGUACCUCUGUGUGAGUUAUUGAACAAAGAGUGUGUGUAUGCGUUGCCUUGACUCAACAUUAUUUGUUGUUUUUUUUUUGUUAUUGUAACCUGAAUCACUGUAUGUGUGAGAGAGAGAGGGGGCUAGAUUGUGCUAGUUUUGCCCUUUUGUAAAACAACCUGUGUGAGCGUGCAUAUGUGUAGCUGUGUGUGCGCUGGAGAUUUACCAUGUGGGUGUGUGUGAGAUGAUGGGCAGCCUAUGAUGGAGGUAAAGGACAGAGGACAUGGAGAGGUUAACAAAGGUUUGGCUGGCAAAAAAUAUCCUUGAAAUCUCCGCAGUGAUUCUUUGUAAACAUAUCUGCUCAUUCAAAUUUUAAAGAAUACAUUUAAAUACCUAAAUCCACAAAUUUAGUUGUACUAAUCAGUCACAAAUUUUUUCAAGGCCCAAAUGUGACAUUAAACAUCUAAGUCUUAAACACAUUUGAAUAAAGAAGCUUAGUCAUGGCCUGUUUUUUGUUUAUCAAACUUCUUUAACUUAUUCCACUGAUUUUUGUUGUAAUAAGUUGUAAGUCUCAUGAGACAUGCCUGUUAAACAAAUUCAUGUUUUCACUCUGUAAAUCUCUUAAUUGUCUUGUUUCCCUCACUAAUAACCACAUCUCUCACUCAUCUGCUGCCCCCUGCCUGCUGCCCUGUGCACCACCACCUCCUCCACUUGGUGCACUGUCCUCCACCUCACAACUUCUGUUUGACCAAAAAAUAAAACUAAAAAAGGAAAGAAAUGGAAUAAAUAAAAACAAUCUUUGUUGAUAAGGAA